GCAUUGAUAAUGACGUGCAGCGGGGAUAUUCAACCUUUUUUCCAAUUUUACGCUGACCGCCAAGCGAGAGUGCACUAAGAAUUGCUGCUAGUGCCGUGGUUCUCGAGAGCGUGGAAAUCGGUGUCCCCCCAAGUGGUGGAGCAAAGUUGAAAGAACGGAGCCAAGUUCGUGGGCGCGCGCGGAGUGGAGUGGUGUGUCGUUCAAUAACAAAACGCUGUGCGCUGUGUAUUCUAGGUCGCGCUAGCAAGUGUUCUUUGAACGCAUCAUCGUCGUCGUCGUCGUCGUCGCGCUAGAAUAGUAACCUGUUCCUUGUGCUUCGCGGUGUGUGCUAUUGUGGUUCGCUACAAAAUAAGAGGAGCCUCGCGAUGAGCUCGGCCGAAAUAGGCGGUGGUGGUGGUGAUACGGAGCUAAGGAGACGCGUACCAGCGGAAGGCGGUGAAGCCUCCCAACAGCAACAGCAGCAGGAGAAAAGCCCGAAACAACAACCGGAACAGCAGCCACCUCCGGAGUGUGCGACGACGGAAAACUCGGAUCAUGUUGAUUCGGAAACAGAGAACGAUGAACGACUGCCGGAUGAGAAGUACGUCGAGGAGAUGGCCAAAAAUUUGCCCCAAGGUACCAACAAGACCCCCGAAGUGCUUGGCCAAGCGCUGAGCGGACUACCCGAUAGAUGGCGAAACUGGGUAAUACGAGGCAUCUUCACCAUGAUCAUGAUCAGUCUGUUCUGCGUGAUCAUCUACCAGGGGCCGUUGGCGCUGAUGAUUACGGCACUCGCAGUGCAAGUAAAAUGCUUCCAGGAAAUCAUCUCGAUCGGCUACUCGGUAUAUCGCAUUCACGGACUGCCAUGGUUCCGCAGCCUGUCCUGGUACUUCCUGCUGACAUCGAACUACUUUUUCUACGGAGAAAACUUGGUUGACUACUUCGGUGUUGCCGUCAGCCGCGUGGACUCACUCCGUUUUCUAGUCAAAUAUCAUCGAUUUCUGUCCUUCUGCCUGUACUGCAUCGGAUUCGUUUGGUUCGUGCUGUCGCUGGUGAAGAAGUACUACAUGAAGCAGUUCAGUCUGUUCGCCUGGACACACGUGGCACUGCUGAUCGUGGUCACCCAGAGCUACCUGAUCAUCCAGAACAUCUUCGAGGGGUUGAUUUGGUUCAUCGUGCCGGUUUCGAUGAUCGUCUGCAACGAUGUGAUGGCCUAUAUGUUUGGGUUCUUCUUUGGUCGUACGCCGUUGAUACAGCUAAGCCCAAAAAAGACCUGGGAAGGCUUUAUCGGUGGUGGUUUUGCGACAGUGAUCUUUGGGCUGCUCGUAUCGUACGUUCUUUGCCAGUUCCAGUUCUUCGUCUGUCCGAUCGAGUACUCGGAGGCACAGGGCAGGAUGGUGAUUGAGUGCGAACCGAGCUAUCUGUUCCGGCCACAGGAGUAUCACAUUGCAUUGUUUGGCGCCAGCAAAACAAUUACGAUGUAUCCAUUCCUACUGCACUCGCUGUCAAUGAGCAUCUUCAGUUCGGUUAUCGGUCCGUUCGGUGGAUUCUUCGCAUCCGGCUUCAAGCGUGCAUUCAAAAUUAAGGACUUUGGAGAUAUGAUUCCUGGACAUGGCGGCAUUAUGGACCGUUUCGAUUGUCAGUUCUUAAUGGCAACCUUUGUAAACGUGUACAUCUCCAGCUUUAUUCGUUAUGCAUCUCCCCAGAAGCUACUGAACAUGGUUUAUACACUCAAGCCAGAAGAACAGCUGCAAUUGUUUAACCAGCUAAAGGAUAGUCUCGAAGAGCGCAACAUUAUUAAUUUAAAUUAGAUUAUUUUCUUGUUCUGAUUUCUGGCUCCGCUGCCUAGUUACCGCGUUACUGUUAUUGUUUACUUUUACGUUACGCCACUUGUUUAUGUGCAUGUGUAUUCAGUGGCUACCACUUGCACCCUUAGCCACGAGUACACACAGUAGAGAAGCAAAAUGGCUCUUUGUUUUACCAUUUCAAAACUUUCGAUUCGGACUGAGCUUAUAGUUUAAUGUUUAAGUGGUUUAUGCAGGUCAUCAUUUAUCUCACUUUCGCAGAGGUAGAUGCUGGCAGUAUUUUGAUUUGCAAAAGAAAAACUACCAGAGUAGCGAGGGGGACGUUUACGGUGCAUCAUAUGUCGUGUAGGAUCUAUCUAUUAGCUGAUAUUACAAUUCAACAUUGCGCUUCACGGUAUGCGUUCAUUGAAUGGCCAAUCCCUCGAGCCUAGCAAGCGUUUCAAGCACUCGUCAUCGUCGUCAAAUAUAAUUUCAGUUUGUUAUAUGCACAACGCCACACAAACACACACAGUGACCGCACGUGACAGGGUUUUUGAGGAGAGUCAGGCAGAUAGAACGCUGUGACCGGUAAUACACUAUUCAUACAAAUUGAGACCAAAAACUUAUUUGACCAUAAACUAUAUGCCACCAGAGCAAUGGUUGCGCGCGCUAGGACGGGACAUUAUGUUGAGUUUCGUAAUCUUCUUAUCAAUACCGCUUAGAAACUGAGUGUGUGUAACGGUAGUUAGUUCGAGUCGUGUUAUCAAUGGAUCUAGGAAAUGAUUGAACCAUUUAGCUGAAUAUUUAACCGAACUGAGAGCAUAUUACGUUGUACAGGCUCGCCGUAGCAAGCCCAAGAUAAGAGAACCUAUAUGUAAUUCGUAUGAUAAACACACAUACACUCUAUCACAUAUACACACAUCAUUGACACUCUUUGUGAACAGACAGAGUAAGGAAGGAACGGUCGAAGCAAGCAGCAAUGCAAUUUACUAUCUAUUACACACGUGCAUAUAUAUAUAUUGGCGGACAUUAUGAUGACGAACGUUAGGUUUGCGCAGAAACUGACGCCAUAGGAUGAUGUUGACCCUUCGUAUACCACGCAAGCAUCCCCCACUUGAGCCGCACAGCUACAAAUAAUGUUAGCGUUCAUCCCCCCUGACUAAGUCCCAGCAGGUGAUUACCAAAGGAAUACAAACGUGCAGGCGUAGGUUUGAGUAUUUUUAUAAUCCAAGAGAAAAACUGUUUUGAAGCAAAAGAUAUGUGCAAUCCUCCCAGUCAGUUUAGUCAGUCAGCAGCCUCCCUUCUCCUUGCCCUCCUCCUCUGAAUAGCUAAUGGCGGCCACAUUCCGUAUGCACCGCAAUAUUAGGAAGCGCAGGACGAAGUGCAGGGCGCUAGAAAGAAAGAGUAGCUGUUAAGGGGCGCCCCCGGGGUCGCUGCAAUCGAGCAAUUUAAUGGGAAAUACACGGGUCAUCGAACGAUAUCAUCGUAUUUUGAAGCAAAAGCAAAAGUGCAGCGUUUAUCCGUUUGGCAAACCGUUUUCCGUGAUUUCAUCGUCUGACUGCUAAGUAGCAUUGUAAGUGUAAUGUGCGCGUGCGUCUGUGAGGCACCCAUGAACGAACAAUCUUUGUUUUUGGUUAGAUUAUCGUUUGCCGUUGUUGAUCUAUUUAGUUGGAAAGGACCAGGUUCUUGCCGGUCGACCGAUUUGGUGGAUGAUGUUUUAAUACAAUCAUUUUUUUCCCAUUUACUCGCUUCCCACGUGUUGUGUUCUUGGUUUUAACAUUUUAUCUUUAGCAAUAUUGAGUGAAUAAUAGUUUUUUUUCUUCUGUUGACGGUUA